AACACAAAACGCUUAAUUCCAGAGCUGGUCACCAACAAACUGAGGCAGAACAAGUUACUUUCCACAAGAGAAGAGGUACUACAAACAGCAGGUCAUCUCCAGCCUUCCAUAGCUUCUUCCGGUGUGCUAAGAGAAGUAUGGGGAGGAUGGUACAAGCUGGGUCCAGUGUCCUAGUCCGGGUGACAUUUCUGCUCCUGGCAUUUCCUGCCACAGUCGCUGGAUCCAAAGUCGCUCAGCCUGAAGUGGACACACCCCUGGGUCGUGUUCGAGGCCGGCAGGUGGGUGUGAAGGGUACAGACCGUGUGGUGAAUGUAUUCCUGGGCAUUCCCUUUGCUCAGGCGCCUCUGGGACCUCUGCGGUUCUCAGCCCCACUCCCACCGCAGCCCUGGGAAGGUGUGAGGGACGCCACCACGGCUCCCCCAAUGUGCAUGCAGGAUGUAGAGAGAACGAGAAACUGCAGAUUCACCCUCAAUGAGAAGGUUCAAGUCUUACCUAUGUCCGAGGACUGCCUGAUCCUCAACAUCUACAGCCCCUCUGAGGUCACUGCAGGGACCAGGAGGCCGGUCAUGGUCUGGAUCCAUGGGGGCUCCCUGAUGGUGGGCUCCGCCACCGCCCAGGACGGAUCAGCCCUGGCUGCUUAUGGGGAUGUGGUAGUUGUCACUGUCCAGUACCGCCUUGGGGUCUUCGGCUUCCUCAGCACUGGGGACAAGCACAUGCCAGGCAACCAGGGCCUCCUGGAUGUGGUGGCCGCUCUGCGCUGGGUGCAGGGGAACAUAGCCCCUUUUGGAGGUGAUCCCAACUGUGUCACUAUCUUCGGUAACUCUGCUGGUGCCAUGGUCGUCUCAUUUCUGGUCCUGUCUCCGAUGUCUGCGGGGCUCUUCCACAGAGCCAUAUCCCAGAGUGGGGUUAUCAACAACCUAAUGAAGGAGAUGGACGUGAGGCCUGUAGCUCAGAGCUUUGCCAGCUCCAUGGCUUGCAGCUCCGAGUCCCCGGCUGAGCUGGUGCAGUGCCUGCUGCAGAAGGAGGGAAGGGACCUUACCAAGCAGCAGCAAAACCUGACAGUUUCCUACAUAGUCAACGACUCCUUCUUCCCACAAAGCCCAGAGACACUCCUAACAGAGAAACAAUUCCCCACUGUGCCUUACCUCUUGGGAGUCAACAACCAUGAGCUCGGCUGGCUCAUUCUCAAGGUUUGGAAUAUUCUGGACAAGUUGGAACAUUUAAGCCAGGAGGACAUGUUGGAGAUUUCAAGGCCCUUCUUGGCCCUUCUGGAUGUACCUCUUGAGAUUAUGCCCACCGUCACACAUGAAUACCUAGAUAAUGGCUCAGAUGCAUCAGCUACAAGGCAUGCCUUACAGGAAUUGCUGGGUGAUAUCAUGUUCGUCAUUCCUACCUUAAACUUUUCAAGACAGCUUCAAGAUGCUGGGUGCCCUGUUUUCUUGUACGAGUUCCAACAUACACCCAGUUCAUUUGCGAAGUUCAAGCCAGCCUGGGUGAAGGCUGACCAUGCAUCUGAGAGUGCCUUUGUCUUUGGAGGUCCUUUUCUCACAGAUGAGAGCUCCUACCUGGCCUUCCCAGAGGCCACAGAGGAAGAGAAGCAGCUGAGCCUGACCAUGAUGGCCCAAUGGGCCCAGUUUGCACACACAGGGAACCCCAAUGGCAAGGGGCUGCCUCCUUGGCCCCAGCUAAACCAGUUAGAACAAUACUUGGAGAUUGGGCUAGAACCACGGACUGGGGUGAAGCUAAAGAAAGGCCGGCUAGAGUUCUGGACAGAGACACUACCCAGAAAAAUCCAAGAGUGGCGACAGCAACAAAAGACCAGGAAAGCUUCAGAGGAACUCUGAGGCCAGGCCUGCCUGGACCUUCCUGCCUGGGACCAACCCAAGGAGCGGCGCGGUCCCAGCAGGGCAGCCUCUUGCUGUUUCUGCCCAGAGACUUCACCCUGGACCAGGCUGAUGCAAACCCAUGUUUGUUAAGGCACCAGGUGCUGCAAAACCAGUACGGUGCCCUACUGGAAUGUUACUACCCUGGCUCCCACUUCCGGACCCUUACACAAGCUCCUGCUUCUCCCUGAAGUACCUUGAAUCCUUGCUGUAUGGCAAGGUCCAGCAUGUUAGUCAAGUUCUUCAAAAGAUCUGUUCUCCUGAGAAACCUCCUCUGCCUUCUCUAGGCCAUGUGUACCGAUUAGAACCAUGUCUACCAUGACCUCA